UUGCUUCAGAUUGUUUGUUUAUGUAAAUUUUAAAAAUGGUGCAUUUAAUUAUGCAACUGGAAGACUCUCUAAGCAACAAGCAAAGUCCUGAUUGGGUAUUUGUGUAGAAAGGGACUGCUGGCAAAUCCUAGACAAAUCCUAACAUUAUUACUCUGUUCUGUUCUUGGUUUGCUACAACGCCUUCAGAAGAAGAGAAGCUUAUUGAGUAUUCGAGGAGGGAGGGAGAACAGUGAGAAAGAUAAUAGGUGUAUAGGUUAUUUUUUUCUGCAGUGGUAGAAUCCUGAGACUUCAGAGGAAGUGAAAAACCCAAAGGAAUUAAUCAGAGGCUACUGUAAUCAUGACAGAAGACUUCCCAAUUACAUCCAGCAUACCUGAGUACAAUGGGACUGUGCCACCUGAAAAAGCUCAGCUGCAGCUCAUUGAUAUUAUUGAUGAAAUAGCAAAAUCUGCUGGGACAGUUCUAUGUGAAAAUUCAGAAACCAGUCCUGAAGCUUCACUUAAAAAGGAAAAUCAAGAGGCUAACAAGCAUUCAGAGGAGGACAACACAAUAUGUGGUGCUCUCGAUGGGGAGAAGCGAUGCAAAGAAAAACAAGCGGAACACAAUGCAACUCUAGAGGAGGGAUCAGCUGACAUCCCUUCCGAGAACACAAGAACUGAUGAAGAGAAAUCAGGAGAAGGGCCCUGUGAGGAGAUUAUUCCCGUAAACACCACAGAAUGUGAAAUAACAAGACAUGAAGAAAGGAACACAGAACAACCUCAGGAAGAAAUAGCUACUCUUGCUAAUGAGGCUGCAGAGUUCCAAACGGCAGGAGCCCAAGAAGAAGUGCUGCUGCUUGAACCCAAGGAACCAAUUAAAUCUGAUACACAAUUAGAAGAAAGAGAGAAUGUGGAAGAAGAGAAGGAUGUGCAGUUGAGAGAAAGCAAGAAAGAAAAUUGUGGGGAGUUUCCUUUAAAGAAGCAAGAUAAUGACAGGGCAGAAUGCCCUUCUACCAGCCCCAUUUUUAACCUCCAGGCUGAGAAACCUGAGGAGCAGCCAGGCUCAGGGAAAAAAAAUGAUAUCUCCAGACACAGUUAUUCUAGAUACAAUACAAUCUCCUAUCGCAAGAUCAGAAAAGGAAACACUAAACAAAGAAUUGAUGAAUUUGAGUCCAUGAUGCAUCUAUAAACUGAGGUGGGGAAUUUGCCUAAUAAGCUGAGAGUCCAUUUUGCUUUUCCAAGAUGAAACGCUUCAUGUCAUAUCAAGUCAUCGUUAUAUCCUUUUGUAUGUAAUUUUAUAACGCACUGUGAAAAUUUAACCUCUGUAUUUCAUUUUGAAAUCACACAGAAGGAUCCACAGGAGAAAAAUAAAAUCAACAGUUGGAAAAAUAUAGUAAAACCUGAUUUAAAAUUUAUCCUUGCUCAUCUCCCCCCAUUCUUUUUUGGUAACAAGGUUCAGGCACUAGAAAUUUUUGACUAAUUGGAAAUUCUGUAACUGCAUGCAGAAAAUGAUCCAUGCCAUUUGCUAUUCUGGUAAUUAGUUGGCAGCAGAACAGUUCCAGUAAAACUAGAGAGUACACUAAAUAAGAGACAACUGUUUGCAACAGCAGUGCUUUGUUUUGAAAUCUGUUUAUACCGGUGUCUUACAGUGCACUGAAGCCGGCAUGUGCUAUCACCAGUCUGUUUCCACUUUGUGCUGAUUUGAUAGAGGGCUAAUUGCAUAAACAUGUAAAUAUAGAUUAACAGAAAAUAAGCACAUAAUGUUUCAUUUGACAAAGCAAUAAAUCCACAAAGAUUCUCCCUUCCUCUCUUACCUUUGUAGUGCCCCUUAACAUAUAUCUUUAAUCUGAUAUGCACUGGUGUCAUUAUAAACAGUUGCAUUCAUUAUCUAAUACCAUUUGUAUUAUCUGAUGGUACCUAUUAAUUUUUGGAUCUGAAUGGCUGGCACCAUAUAUAAUUCAUUGUGUAAAUGUUGGCAUUUGCUGUUAAAAUGUUCAUGUUUCAAUUAAGCUCAUUCUUGGGUUGAUAUAUUCUGAAUCUUUAGGAAAUCAAGAAUAAUCUAUUCCUUCAGAUCUGUGCUACGUGGCUUCAUUACAGUAAUAGAUAUUUUUAUUUCAUUCCAUAUAUUUUAGCUAACAUGCUUAAGUUAAAUGUUAAAUGAUUGCAAAAAAGUUAAUAUAACUUUUAAAUUAUAUGAGAACUAAAAAGCAGCCCUCUUGUGAUAAGUAUCCUUUCUCCUUUUCCAAAACAUUAAUUUGCAAUAAUAAUCUCUACUAGCCUGUGUCAGCUAUAGCCACAGUGUCAUCAGCUACUGUGGAAAUAGAUGUAAUUGUUUUUAAUUCAGAGCUUAUGUAAAAAGAGAGAGAGAGAGAGAGAAAAGAAACCAUGAUGGUUAAAAAUGAUGUGAAUGGUUAAUUUAUCCAUUAGGAGCUGUGACAACUAAUAUCCUUAUUACUCACAUGUAAUUUUUGUGUAUCUUCCAUCAGUUACUGGUAAAUUAAAUAGUUGCAUAGAUACUGUACCAUACAAAUUGAAAGUCAUCAUUUUAUACACAUAUGUAUAUAUGAUACAUAUCAUGUGUUUGUGUCUGUCGACCUGAACAAAAUCCACACAGUGAAAAUCAGUACUCUUCAUUUGGGAUCCAAGUUUUUCUCUAAACUUUUCUUGUUGAUUUUAAAAAUAAUCAAUAUUCUUUAAACUCAUCUUAAAAACUUACAUCUUAAUGAGAUUUUUUUCGGAACCAGGCACAUUUGAAGCAACAGCUGUUUUAAUUUGCUUGAGUACAUUUCACUAUAAUUGUAAGAUCUAGAUUUUAGAUCUAGAAUUCGAGAGUCUAGAAUAACUACAAUAUGCAUGAAAUGACUAACUUUAACUCUUGGCCUGAGACAAGCUUGGAAAAUUUAACCCCUGAGGAAUAUAUUUGGGAAAGCGGUUAGCAAAAGAACAGGAAUGAGAGAGGUUAGAAAAGAAAUCAGAACUCAAAUGUUAGACAGGGGAAACUACCGCACCUUCUAAAAUAAUUACUUUUAAAAUAAUUAGUUUUACAUUUCCAGCAUCACCAAAUAUUGUUUGAAUUUUGUUGUCCUAUAUAAAAGGCAAUUAUAUAUUGGCUAUAUACAAAAAAACAAAAAUAAACAAACAAAAAACCCCCAAAAACCCAACCCCACAAAAACAAUUCUUCAUUGUAUAAACAAAACACAGUCCUCAUUGUAUUAUUCAGACUUGUUUAUUUGCUCUUUGGAUUGUGAAAACCCAGUGGUUAGCUCUUAUGAAGUUGUAUGGCUGUUUUAUUAAAAAAAAAUAAAAUAAACCAGACUCCA